AUGAUGGCUUUUGAAGUGCACUACCAGCCCAAGAAAAACCGAAGCAGCCAAUUGCAGCGGCGGCGCUAUCCCCAAAAACAUCCACCACGGCAGAGGAGGGGAGACCGACGAUUCACAGCACUUGUGCCAUCGCAACUGGAGAUAACGUUAGCGUCAACAACCAAGACGACCGAGCCCGAGGGGGGGAGAAGGAGGAGGACAUGUUCGAGGUUAAUUCCUCAGUAUUCGCCGUCCGAGCGUGAGACAGCGCGCCAGCUCUUCGUGUGGGAACUGAUACAAUGUAGCCAAGAAGGAGCUCAACGAGGCUGCCAAGCGGAGGGGGCCGCCUGGAAAACCUGGAGACUAAACUCCACGCGGAUUGAACCGAGGGAAGACCCGGAAGUGGAUCCUCAAAGGCGGAAAGCGGCAAGAGAGUGGACCCUCUGCAGUUGGCGUCGCUACCAAAGAAACACUUGCAUGUCACUUGACCAUGGCAGAGCCAUGGAAGAAACACGCCAAAGCAGUGAGCGAGUUUUCUUUUCCAAAGACGAUCAGGGGAAAACCGCGCCCCCAAGCAAUUUGAUUGGUCCCUGCAAAGUCGGCGAGUUUUCAUUUCCUAAAACGAUCAGGGGGAAAAAAAACCCGCCCCCAAGCCAUUUGAUUGGUCACUCGCUUUUACCUCGAGUGCGCCUCCUUCGGUGGCUGAAAGAAAAUCAUAUUGAUUAUCCGCGCUAUUCCAAAACAAUGGAUAAUGUGAUUAUCACAGCCCUAAACGUAUUAAUGCUGCUGCACUUCAUAGCCCUCAGGUAG